AUGUACCUCCCAAUUUGUCUUCUCUGUCUGACCACUGUCUUUUUCACAGGGGUUUGGAGCCAACGGAAGGAGGUGGAGCAGGAUCCUGGACCCUUCAAUGUUCCAGAGGGAGCCACUGUCGCUUUCAACUGCACUUACAGCAACAGUGCUUCUCAGUCUUUCUUCUGGUACAGACAGGAUUGCAGGAAAGAACCUAAGUUGCUGAUGUCCGUAUACUCCAGUGGUAACGAAGAUGGAAGGUUUACAGCACAGCUCAACAGAGCCAGCCAGUAUAUUUCCCUGCUCAUCAGAGACUCCCAGCUCAGUGAUUCAGCCACCUACCUCUGCUCAGGACCCCUGGCUUCUGUCCUCCCUGCUCAGGGUCCUGCAGCAUUGCCUCUGCUCAGCCAUGCUCCUGCUGCUCGUCCCAGUGCUCGAGGAGGAACCAGAGCCCAGUCUGUGACCCAGCUUGACAGCCACGUCUCUGUCUCUGAAGGAACCCCGGUGCUGCUGAGGUGCAACUACUCAUCGUCUUAUUCACCGUCUCUCUUCUGGUAUGUGCAACACCCCAACAAAGGACUCCAGCUUCUUCUGAAGUACACAUCAAGGGCCACCCUGGUUAAAGGCAUCAACGGUUUUGAGGCUGAAUUUAAGAAGAGUGAAACCUCCUUCCACCUGACGAAACCCUCAGCCCAUGUGAGCGACGCGGCUGAGUACUUCUGUGCUGUGAGUGACACAGUGCUUGAGACUGCAGGAGAGCUGAACACAAGCCUCCUGAGAUGCUGA